CAGAAUUUAAGUUUGUAGCUACAGAAUAAAAUUCUGUGAACAAAAUUUUUACUGUAAAGAAAUUCUGUAGUUAAAGAUAAAAUUCUGUAUACACAAUUUCUUCUGAAGUUACAGAAUUUCUUUAAAGUAAAAAUUGUGUCUACAGAAUGGCUAAAUUGUAACAUAAUUAUACAUGUCCCAAAUGGCACCCCGUACACAGAAAGGGUAGAUGAGUUAAAAGUAGCCAAAAAAAAUAAAAACUAGGUCAAGCAGUAGACACAUGUUCCCGCUGGGAGCCUACUUUUGUUGUUAUAUAAAUGCAUAACCAUUAAUGCUUAAAUGCUCUAUACCAUAGAAUACUUUUUAAUUGAUGGUAUAGAUCUUAUGAGUUGUAUUUAGAUAUCUGAACAUAACUUUAAAGCUCUGUUCAUUAUCCUGUGUAGACCAUGAAGAUAUUUCUGAGUACAUCAACUAAAUGAAACUUUUUUACUAAUGGAAAUUCUGCCCCACCAUGACAGAAGGAAGUAAUUGACAAUUUUUCAAAACAAGUUUUUUAGUUACUAUAAAAGAACUAAUAAUUUAGAACAUAUUAUAUUUGAGUAUGUUCAAAUCCUACUAAUUAACAAUUAAUUAGCAACACAAAAAGGAAGUAAAAGUCUAAAAAUUACAAUAAAAACAACUAGAAAAGGAAGCAGGGGACAAAAUCAACAUGCUUAAUAUUCCUUAAUUACCAGUACUCCUUUGCUUCCUUUGCCACGGUGGGGCAGAAUUGAUCUUAUAUUAAGUUGUUAUUUAGGACCUCCAUCCAAUUUAUUUAAAUUUUUAAUAUGCUGUUGAUGAGUCAUGUGUAGUACUGUGUACUGUUACCUCACCUACAUCAUAAAAAUAUGCAUGCCGAACAAAAUGGGCACACAUCCAAAGCUUUGUAUUGGAUAUAAAGAAGAAUCCUGGUGUUUCUGCAUUCAUGCAUGAAAAAGGAAAAGGUAGGUAAGUAUGCUUUGACAUUACACACUGUGAUUCUGUGCUAUGGACAACGUCCUAGAAGAGCUUGCUACAAUUUCCUGGUCAUACAAAAGCUUCACCCCAAAUGAGUUGGUGAAGCAGAUGGCAUCUUUUCCAAUGGUAGUAAGGACUGAGAGCAGCGACCUUGGAGAUUGGUUCUACCAAGACUUCAGUACUGAUCAAGUAUUAUAUCUACAUAGUGUACAGGAACAAUUCCGAUUUGUGGCAGAAGAUGGACAAAGCAAUGAAAUAAGUCUACCAAUAAACACCCAAAUCAAUUUAUUAAAAGUUAACAUCAAUAAAGGUAAGGCACAAUGUGAAGAGAUGCACCUUAAGAAAGACAUGACACUGCCACAGAUAGUUAAAGCAAGAUGCAGACGUACCAACCAAGAAAAUUCUGACUCUGACACUGAAGAAGACUAUAUUGUAAUGAACAUCAAACAAAGAGGAGUGAUGAAAUACAUAAUGGGAACAUGCAUUUCAACAGAUGGCGUUAGCACUUAUAUCGAGUGCAUUCCAGUCGACUACAGUGAAAUAAGCUUCAAAGUUGCUCUUAAUAUGAGUGAUAAUCAGUUGGCCAAAUUUGAGAGACGUGUUCAAGAUGUGGUUCUCAGCAUCAUCCCAGAAAGUGAAUUUAUCAGUUACCAGGGAAACCCAGAGAUAAUUAUCAAUGCUCAACCAAACUUCAUAGAGAUUGAAAAGGAACAUGCAUACACACCGCAAAAGGCUUCUGCAAAUUAUUUAAAAAAUUAUAAUAGACAAACAACAAAGAAAAACAAUCCACGAGUCCUAAUAUCCCCAAGGAAAGAACAACGGAUCUACAUUCCAGUAAGGUUGAAAAGCCAAAAACCAAACUAUGAAAACACGAAAACUAGUGAAAACAAGAAUCUUGGACCAUCAAGUUCAGUUGAGGAACCAGAUUAUUUGGAAUGUAUUAAAAAAGGGCUGUGGAAUCUCAAAAAACCACCACCUGUGCCAACUAAAUCAGGAAAAACAACACUUGUUUCGCCUACCAGCAAUAUGCGACGUAUAUCUGAGGGUCAAAAUCGACCUUCUACUCUUCCUAAACCAACAAAUAUAAUUCAGAAACCUAAAUUACUGCAAAAACCUGUGGUGAUAAAAAAACCAUCAAAGACUGAACAAAUAGGCAUCGUGCCAAUAGACACAAGGCCAUCUGUGCCACUAAAAACUCCUGAAAAGGAAGCACCCCCAUCAUUGCCUCAAAGGCCUCAACUAAAAGCGCCUAAACCGUCAGACUUUCGACAAAAUCAGUUGCUUGGGACUUCCAUACAAUCGCUAAGAAAUUACGACGAUGAUGAUGAUGACGAUAAUGAUUACUGUAAUGAAGAAUUACCUACAUAUCGUCCACCUUGUGUGCAUAAUAGUGACAAUGAUGAGGAAUUUGAUGAUGAAUUUGAUGAUGAUUUUGACAGUGAUGACGACAAGGAUGAUGAUGAUGUUGAAAGUGAUGAUGAUGAUUAUGAUAAAAUAGAACAAUUUAUUUUUGAAGUAUAUAGCAGAAAGACAGACUAUCAAAGCACAUCAAAAUCACCUAUUAGGCUGCCAAUUGAGGAAAGUGCAGAGUAUGUGGAAGUUCCUGAAAAGAAUACAAAAUCAAAAGGUAAAAAAAAUGCAUCUCCAUUUGGAAAACGUUCACAUUUUUUUUCCAUGCCAAAACCCUUCAAAAACAAGCAACAAUCAAAACAUAAAGAGAAUGCGAGUUCAACUCUACCUGCGCAAAUGCAAUCACAACAUAAAACUAAACAAGAUGGCAAAAUCCAUGGCACUGAAGAUCUUCCUGAUGAUCUUUCUACACUGACGGGUCGCCAAGUUCAGGACUGCUUGAGGCUACUGAAACUGGAAAAAUAUUUGGAGGUGUUCGAAGAAUUGGGUGUUGAUGGAAGUCUUCUCGUGGCUUUCGACCAAGAUAUGAUGAAGAAAGAACUUAAUUUUACCAGCAUUGAAACCCUCAAAUUACACAAAUUUAUCACUGAAAAAUGGUUGCCAAGAUAGCAUUCACUUAAGUUAAUAACCACUUAAUUUAAUAUUCACUUAAGUUAAAAAUCACAUUUUCAUAUCAUCAAUAUAAAUUUCGAUUUUUUAAAUACUUGCCAUGGUUUUAUUUAAAUUCAUUUCAUUUAACAUCAAAAUAAUGUACUCUAGUUUUAUGUAUAUUUCUAACCAUGUUUUUCACUACAUGCAAAUGGUAUUACAGUUGGCAUGGCAGUAAAUAAAUGUAUUUAUGUAAAUAAUAAAUUAAUUUAAUAUAUUCUAUCAUUUCAAUUUUUUUUAAGAUGUCAAGAUAAAUUGCUGAGUUUCUGAAUUUUUACUAAUAUUGCAUGUUUGAGUUAUAGACAAAAUAAGUAGUAUGUCAAAUAAUAAAAAUUCGCUAAUUAUAUUUUAUUAAACAAAAUAAAUGAACGUUUUUUGGUAAACAAAUGUUGUCCAUGUGUCUAUUGCUGUCAUCACAUUUAUUUAUUUAUUUAUUCUUUCUUUAUACUGUAGGCAAUUUCAGUACUAUUACACUGA